AUGACGAGCAUUCGCCUGUCUCUGACAAUUCUUGCCAAGAAACAGGCAGCUGCAGUCUUUAAGGGGCAUUUGGCUGCCUAUGUCGGCGACAGACGGAAGCGAUUUGCGAUUCCAACACCCUACUUGAAGAAUCCUAGCUUCCAGGCAUUGCUAAGAAGAGCAGAAGAGGAGUUUGGUUUUGAGCAUCACAGUGGCCUUGCAAUUCCAUGCAAUGAAGAUGCCUUCCAAGCAUUCAAAGCACAUAUGUCUUGCGCAUACUGCAAACAUUCCAUGCUCAAUUUUGUCAACGUUGUCUCAUUUUUUUCUCCCUUUGUGUACAUAGAUCAAAGUCCCACUGCUACCGAAUUACUGAUAGAAAUACAAUCAGUUUCCAAAAAUUGA